AUGUACUUUGUCUCAUUUUUGAUUGUUUUAUCAAUUUAUAAUUCUGAAGCUUCUGGAAAAUUUGUAAAAGUUGAAAAUUGCACUACAACAAAUAAAUCAUUAAAAAUAACAAGAUGUGAUAUAAUUAAUGGUUCAAUAUCCAUUAGUAUUGAUGUCUUCAGGCCUCUUGAUAAGGUUUUUGUAAAAAUAUCACUUUACAAACGUGAAAACUCAUACUUUCGAUCAGUUGGAAAAUUUCCAGUAUUUGAAGCAUGUGAUUUGGUCCAAAAAGGCACAAAGCAGAACCCAUUUAUAACAGGAUUUACAAACAUUGUUCUUAGUGCAGUUCCAAAAUUUAUCAAUGGUUGUCCAUUUAGUGGAGCUUUCGAUCUAUCGAAUUUUACUUUAGUUGGUGAAAUGUUUAGAUACAUACCAAAAGGAAAGUUUGUGAAAGUCGACAAUUGUACAUCCACAAACAAAUCUCUGCAUAUUGAACAAUGCAAUGCAAUCAAUGGAGCACUUAACGUAGUUGUGAACAUAUUCAGACCACUCGAUGAAGUUUUUGUAAAACUUUCCUUAUUCAGACGCGAAGGUUCAUACUUUAAGCCACUUGGAAAGUUUCCAAUACUCGAAGUUUGUGACUUAAUGAGCGGUGCAACAAAGCAAAAUCCUUUUGUUAUGGCUGUUUCAAACAUAUUUUUCUUUGCUGUACCAAGUCUCCGUACAAAAUGUCCUUUUCUUAAAGUUGAUAAUUGUACAACAACAAAUAAAUCUCUGAAUAUUGAGCGCUGUGAAACUGAUAAUGGUAUGCUGAACAUUGCUGUUGAUAUAUUUAAGCUAGUCGAUCAAGUCUUUGUAAAAGUUGCAUUAUUUCGACGAGAAAGUUCUUCAUUUAGACAGAUUGGAAAACUUCCAGUUGUUGAAAUAUGUGACAUGAUCAGCAGUGGACUUAAACUCAAUCCAGUGGCUUUUGCGAUUUCAAAUGUAUUUUUUCAUGCUUUGCCAAAUUUUCGUAAAGGCUGUCCAUUUAAUGGACAUGUAGAAAUUUUAAACUUCACUUUAAAAAAUGAAAUGUUCAAGUUUGCUACAAAAGGAAUCUUCAAAGUUAAACUUUUAUUCUUUAAUGAUGUUGACAAGAUGAUUUUUUGGAUGGACUAUAUUUAUGCUAAAACUUCUUAA